AUGCAUCUUGGCCAAAUCGAGUUACCGGUCACGUUCGGCGUGCCCGACAACUUCCGUAUAGAGAAGCUAACCUUCGAUGUUGCGGACUUCGAGACAGCAUACAAUGUAAUCCUAGGCCGCCCAAUGCUAGGAAAGUUCAUGGUUGUGGUGCGUUAUGCGUACCAGGUGCUCAAAAUCUCAGGUCCCAAAGGGAUCAUAAUAGUCAAGGGAGAUCAAUGUGCAAUGGUCAAGUGCGACAAGCAGAGCUUGGAGAUGGUCGAGCACUUCUACCAAAUAACGACUACCUCAAGGGACAUAGAAUCUAAACAUCUGAGGAUUCAAGCCACUGGCAAGAGCAAGGACAGUGCUAAGGACUCCAAGUUCGUGAGCCUCGCUGAUACUUUCAAGUCCGAUGACUCUACCAAGGAUGAGACCAACGACAGUGUCAAGUACAGGAAGGCUGAUAGUGGUACCAAAGGCAUUGCCCAUCGACUAGUCUGA